GCCUUGGCAGUGUCAACGGGUCUCCGUCCGCCGAGAUGCAUGGGAUGUCGGGAUGACAGGAAGAUGGCAAACGGGGUUGCAAAACACAAGCUACUUGUCAUUGGACCAUCAGAGCCAUGGUCAGUGAGGGAGAAGCUGUGUUUGGCCACAUCUGUCAUGAAGAGUGGAGACCAGAACUGGGUAUCUGUCAGUCGAGCCAUCAAACCAUUUGCAGAACCCGGGCGGCCCCCUGACUGGUUCUCCCAAAAGCACUGUGCCUCCAAGUACUCUGAGCUCCUGGAAACAACAGAGGCCCCAAAGCGGAAGCGGGGUGAGAGAGGUGAAGUGGUGGAGACAGUGGAGGAUGUGAUAGUCCGUAGGCUGACUGCUGACAGGAUUGAUGCACUAAAAAAGCUGAUCAAAGAAACACAGGAGAAGCACAGGAAGUUGAAGAGGGAAGCUGAACUGAUUCAAGCGGGACAUUUAGAUUCCAAACUAGAAGAGUUAUGGGAAGACAUUCUGCAGAAGAAGAAACUGGAGGAGGAGGAAGCAGAGCUGAAAAGAAAAAAAACAAAUGCUGCUUAUCAGGCCAGACAGGUGGCAAAGAACAAAUCCAAGCGAGAGCCUGGCAUCACCAUGCAUUCGCCCUCGGGCUGCAGCUCCCCAAGCCAGGAGUUCUCACCAGGUGACCCACUCGAGUCUCUGACACUGGAUCUGGCAUUGACAAAGAAUGCUUCAGGAUCAGCCAGAUUAAUGACAAUUGCUGAGUCUUUUGGACCAGAUAACGAUGACAUCAGCCCCGGGUCACUCCUGGAUGAUCCCGCCCAAAAGAAGCUCCUGACCCAGAGAGCCACACCACCACCAUCUCCACUCCUGUCAGAGUUACUGAAGAAAGGCAGUAUCUUGGCCACAAAUUCCAGACUGAUUGGGGAGGGGGACGGGACCACUGCUAAUGUGACAGGAGCACAUGACUUGCAGCUGGCUCCGCCUAGCCAACCUCUCUCUCAGGCAACAGGUGCCCCGAUGUUGUCACGUCUCCUGGAGGCAGGUCCCACCCAGUUUUCUGCCCCGUUAGGUUUCAUGGUCAGUGCAGACUCAGCCUCCAGUGCUCCUCUCUCUGCUGCCACUCCUGUGUCUGUUGACCCUACUGCCUCAGCAAAUACAGAGGUGGAUGUGAUGGUGCCUUCUUUGCCCCCUGGUUGCCGGCCUGUCUCUGCAGAGGAUAAUGUGGCAGAGCUCAGUGAGGAGAAUGUGACGGUGUCCUACAUGGGGGAUGAGCUGGACCUGAAGACGGUGGGGGACAUUAUCGCCAUCAUUGAGGACAAGACAGAUGUGACUGCAGAGGCUUUGGAUGCAGCUGCAGUUGAGGCUGCGCUGUCACUGUGUGAGGAGAACGGCCAUGCUUUGUCUGGUGCCUGGGAGCCUGGGCCUUUCCAGCCCCAUGAGUCUCAAUCUGCAGUGCCCACAGGGGUCCAGCAGCCCUUAUCUCUUCACAGUAGCCUGGAAGGGAAAACAGAGGUGUUAGGAGUUCGGGGUGGGACUUCAGCUUCGCUCUCCUCUCUGUGCAACAGUCAAGAUAGCGGUCUGGCAGCAUUCCCUGUGGGACGAAGGGGCCUUCCUCAGACCUCCUCAUCCUCACGCAGCUCAAAGAAUUGGGAGCACUGCCGCACUGGAGCACCUCCACAGCCUGAGGGGAUAAAAGCGGAGGAUGGAAUAAGGGGUGGGGGUGGACAGAAUGCCUCAGGGACUAAAGUGAACCAUGAGCUCAAUGGGCCAGAAGUGUGUGGAGAAGAAGAGGGUGACGGGGUGGAGGGAUUCUUGUCAGAGCCAGACGGCGAGAUGGAGCUCGAGCCGGCGGCCAGCGAGAGUGAGGACGGGUACAGCCUCCACACGGCCUCCUCGUCUCUGCAGCUCCACACAAACGCAGACUCCAACCCCAGCAGCCCCACCUCGUCACAGUUUUCUGUGUGCAGUGAGGACCUUGAAGCUCUACAGGCUCACAAGAUCUGGAAGAAAGCCAUUAUGCUGGUGUGGCGAGCAGCGGCCAAUCACAGGUAUGCAAAUGUAUUCCUGCAGCCAGUAACUGACGAAAUUGCACCUGGGUACCACAGUAUUGUGCAGAGGCCCAUGGACCUCGCUGCCAUAAAGAAGAGCAUUGAGACGGGUUUGAUACGGAACACCGCUGAGUUCCAGAGGGACAUCAUGCUGAUGUUUCAGAAUGCGGUCAUGUACAACAGCCUGGAUCACGACGUGUACCACAUGGCUCUGGAGAUGCAGCGCGACGUCCUGGAGCAGAUCCAGCAGUUUCUGGCCACCCAGCUCAUCAUGGAGACAUCAGAGUCUGGUAUCAGCGCCAAAAGCCUGAGGGUCCGUGAGAGCACUCGCAAACAGGACUCUACUGACAAGGACACUGUCUCCAUGUCCUCUCCUGCCUUCCUUCUUUCUCUGUUUGAUGGAGGCACCAGGGGGCGCCGUUGUGCCAUAGAAGCUGACCACAAGAUGAAGAAAUGAACACACACAGUAUGACAAUUUCAUCCAAUAGUGUUCCAGAGUUGAAUUGAAAGAUGUGAAACCACAAGUAUGAACUUAUCCUUUCAGUUCCAUGGAUUCUCACUCUGCAUAAAAUGCAGUGUAACCUUUAUUUGCACUCCAGGUGGAAUGGAUAGACUGUAAUAUGGAGAAACUCAUUUCCUCUCAGACAGCCAUACACAUAUGGAUUACAAACUGUAUAAUCCCAGAUUACAAUGGGGCAGGAAGAAAGGUCAAACCUUUCAUAGACGUAGCUGCAGAUCACUUAGAUUUAGCCUGCUCUGAAUUACAUCAGGUCGUAUACUGUAAAUGAAGAUAAAAGUUACUCUUAGCCUACAAAUGAGACCUGGUUUUACUUCAGAUUAGUGUGGUUGAGUUUAAGAAACAUAACUUGUUGGUGAUACGAAGCCAAAGAGUCUGAUUUAACUAGAAGUUGAGACUGAUCAGGGGGGUACAUGCUAAUUUCAAAAAGAAACAUUUUCGUUGCUGGCAUAAAA